AACAUAAAAUAAACGAAAUAAAACCAUGAAGCGUGGUGAUGCCAGACUGCCAGUUGUGGUUUGGUUCUCGUAAUUAGGGCUCAAUUUCAGAAUUCAGUUCCAAUUGUAAGAAAACGAAACUCGAAUCUCGAUCAAAUUUCAUCAUCAAUAUGACUUGCUGAAACCUCCAUUUCUUGUUUCCUCUCGCCACAAUCACACUUCGAUGGCGGAAUCGUCCUACACUACCCUUCCUACUAGUCACUUGCCUGGUUCAGUUCCGGCUGUCAUCACAGAAGAAAAGGCUCCAGCUAUACACAAGGACCCUGAAGCAAAUCUUCAAAUAUUUCCUCCUAACAGUGGUGGCGGUGGCCAGGGAUACCAGACUCUUACAAAUCGAAGUGAUGGAGAUGGACCACAAUCUGCCAGCAACUGGAAUGGAGCAUUCAGCAUCUCAUCUUACACGCAAUAUUUUAAUGUUGAUACAGACGAUGUUGUGAACAGAUUAACAAGUUCUCUGUAUCCCACUGGUGACUUUUUCAGGAAAAUUGAAGCUAACCCAGAUCUAUAUGGGCUCAUUUGGAUCUCCACCACGUUGGUAUUUGUGAUAGCUGCACUCGGUAACUGUGCCACGUAUCUGAUGAGUAGAAAAGGCGACGCUAAUGUUUCUUGGAGCUUUGAUGUCAGCUACUUCCAUGUUUCAGCCAUUGCAGUGUAUGGUUAUGUCUUCAUUGUUCCACUGGGAUUUUACUUGUUGCUUCAGUAUUUCGGUUCAAAGGUUGGCCUUGUCCACUUUUGGUGCAUGUGGGGAUACUCUCUCUUCAUUUUCAUUCUCAGCUCUGUUUUGUUGGUUAUCCCAGUGGAUUUUCUGCGAUGGACCAUCACACUCAUCACGGGUGUUGCAUCAGCUGCCUUUGUUGGUUUGAACCUUCGGUCUCACGUAGAGUUGAAUGAUCUGACCAUCGUGUUGGUUGCUGCAUGUGUGUUGCAAUUUGCUCUGGCCAUCUUUAUCAAAUCAUGGUUCUUCCAUUGAUUAAGCACUAUAAAUGUUGUUUCAUAAAUUGGAAGUGAAUUUUGAAAAGGGUAUUGAUUGUAGAGAUUGUGAUAGGACUAGGCAUCUUAAUAUUAGAUCAAUGGUGCGACGAGUGUUAACAACAACAUAUAGCUUUGGUUUGUGUAGAAAGGGAAGAAGAAGAACAAGUUUCUUGUGUUUUGUUUUGAGGGGAAUGUUGUUUUGGUUGAACCCUUGGAUUUGCUUGUAAAAUAGACUGCUUUUGGACA